AUGUCAAGCGAAGCCUCAGCUCUUUUUGUAUUGCUCAUUACUAUCGACAGAUUUGUAGCAAUCAAACAUCCCUUUUCUCCGAAUAAACGAGCAUGGGUCAUUGGAUCAUCUGUAUUCUCAUGGGCUCUUUCUAUUUCUAUUGCCUUAUUUCCUAUUUUGGCUAUGGAGUUGUCAAUCGUUGAAGAUUUUUAUGCUCAGUCUCCUAUAUGUAUAAGCUUACCUUUAUCUAUCCAUAGACAAAGUGGUUGGCAAUAUUCCAUGGUCAUUUUCGUUGGGUUGAAUUUCCUUAUUUUCGUUGGUAUCAGUAUUGGGCAGUUUCUGAUUGUCUUGGAAGUCAAUAAAUCUGGAAGAAAGAGUCAAGCCUCCAACCGUCGUCGAAGGGAAAUAGCACUAGCCAAGUCUGUUGUUGCCGUGGUCAUCACUGAUCUCCUGUGCUGGGUACCUGUGGGAAUUAUUGGUAUGCUGACGUUUUAUGGUAUUGAUGUUUCGCUGGAUGUCUACGCCUGGAUCAUAGUGCUGGUUUUGCCAGUGAAUUCUGCUCUUAACCCAAUACUCUAUACACUGUCGGCCCUCAUACGAGACAGAGGACGGCGGAAGGUAUUUGAGAACAAUAUGCAGAGAGAAAAGAAAAUGCUUGCCAACGAAAUUGAUCGUCUCAAACGGCGAAUAAAAUCUUUAACGGUAUUUUUCACAUAUUAA